AUGCAGAGACGUGUGGACCCCGAAGAUGGCAGAGCCCACACCCUGGAGGAGAUGAUGCUCAAGUACAAGGGAACCUACACCCGAAGUGAGAUUGAGAGCUACUUUAGCUCAGAGUGCCAGCUGGCAGACGAUGCCAAACAACUCCCUGCAACGGCGGAUCAGGCUUCUGGUGAGAUCAAAGGUCUUCGGCAGUGGCUUCGCGAAGUUGGGUAUGAGCACUGUAUGGAGCGGGUGGCACACUGGUGUGAUGAGAAUGGGGCCGUGCUUUUGGAGGAGGUCCAGGAGAACUGGGAGGAAGUCGUUGGCGAAUUGAAGCUGGAGAAGACAGCAUCUCCAUGUGUGAAUCAAGGUGAUGAAGCCACACUCCAAGUACCUGGUUUGUCUGAGUGGCUGGAAGAAGUUGAGCUGGAGGAAUAUUUGGAGGAUGUUUUGGAAUGGUGUCAAGAGCACGGCGUUCGAGCGCUGAAGGAGAUCCAGGCGAAGUGGGAGGACAUCCUGCAAGACUUAAAGCUGAAAACUGCCAAAGAGCAGUUACCUGGAAAGCGCGUUUCAGUUCGUGUGCUCAAGGGCAAGUGGCAGGGAAGCUACAUGGCACAGGUCCUGGAUGUUACUGGAACAGGCAUUCAGAUUCGUCAUUUGGAGGAUGAUUAUGAGGAGACGUUACCACUGGAUGCGCUUGGCGGAGGGAAGUAUUUGCUGGAGCCUGUAGACUCAGACGAUGAGGAGGCCACGGGUGACGUGAGGGAGCUGCUCAGGACAGGCCAGCUGCGUGUGGAUGCCACAGGUGCAGGUUUGCAGCUUCGCUGGGUCAAGCUCGGGUAUGCUGUGGACAAGGUUGAAAGGCAGCCUGGGCAAAAGGAUCUACGCCAAGGAGACGUCGUCCUGGCCGUUGGUGGCUCACCUCUGACUGGCCUGGACGAAGACACCGUGGAGGAGCGCUUCAGCACCGCUUUCGGCGAUGGAGCGAGCUUGGUGGUUGGAUGCCUGAGCGAACUGAUGAAGCAUCCGAUAGAACAGGAAACAGGCAUUAAAGGUUCAAGCGGCAUCAUGGGCCCGAGGCUUCUUCAUCUCUUCGAAAGGCCGAUUAAAGGCCUUGCAGACGUUGCAAAGGACGGAGAAGCAGGCGCAAAGGACCAGAGUCCGUUUGGCCCGGGCGGGAUAUAUCACGAAAAGCAAGUCGGCUCCCUGUGCGCCAUUCACUGCGUCAACAAUAUGCUCCAGGGUCCGCUGUAUGAAGACCAUGAUUUCCGAUCCGUUGCAAGAACCUUGGACGAGCGGGAACGAAGCUUGAUGAAGGGUGCCGAUUUGGAUUUUGGCAAUGCUCGGUAUGAUGGUUUCUACAACGUGCAGGUGGUGCAGGAGGUGUUAAGGCGGGCCGGCUACGAGAUGACCUCGGUCUCGGCCGAGGCUGCGAAGGACGGCGUCGCGAGAGCCAAGGAGAAGGCGUUCAUCUGCAACAAGCAGGAACAUUGGUUUUCCGUACGAAGGCUUGGCCAGGAGUGGUUCGACCUCAACAGUUGCAUGUCGGUGCCCAAACACUACACCGACAGUGAUUUGGAAUGGCUCAUCAAGGAAGCAGUCAGCGAUGGUUACAGCGUCUUCCGCGUUCGAGGUGACUUCCCAAAGUGCGCCUUGGAAGACGACCACAAGAAGCUAGUCGAAGCGAAAGAAGGCUGUGGUGGACCACGUACCGGCUACAGCCUGUAUGCCGGUUCUGGGCAAACUUUGACAAGUCCGGGCGCAAAAGCUGCUGCUGCCCCGCCAUCGGAUGCUGCCGCGCUGCGAGCGGCCAGACUUGCUCGACUGGGAGGAGGAGGCGCUGCGCCUUCCCCGCCGCCUCCUGCAUGA